GCACUCGCUACAUUUAAGAGAGCAGCGUGAAGCUUUAUGUUUGAUUUUCCCCUCUGCAUGUUGGAGCAAAAUCAGGAGGCAAAGAAACCUGCUGGGUUCAUGUUGCAGAGGGUGGAGAAGAAGAGCUGGCAGCCGGACAAAUCAGGAGUGUUGGGGGGGAGAAACUAGAGUAAAAAGGUGGAAAUCACAGAUAAAUACAAGAAAGGCAAGGUUGCUGAGUUGAUUUGAGUUUCCAGACAGGAAUUAGUCAAAAAAGAGACGGUUAGUCAGAGGUAGUGAGUGGAUGAAAGAGCAGACGUCUGAAAAUUGCUGCAGGGCAGCGGGAGUGACUGUGGGCGGGGAGAGAGGAAGUGUGGUCGACAGGAGAGGAAUUUAAAGUCUCAUUGUUCUGGAAGAGCAGAGGCAGCGAGAGCCGAGGAAGAGGAGGACGACAUGGACGCGAGCGCAGCCGUGGAAAAGAUGUCUCUCAGAGGUGCAGGGGCCUGUCUGGUUUGUAAAAGCAGCUGCUCUGGAUUUCAGCCUCAUUCCUGGAGACCUCCCCGCCUCUGCGGGGCUCUGUCCAGGAAAGCCUGCGCGGCGUGCGGCUGCAGCACGGUCGACCACGCGGCUCCGGACGGCGACGCGGAGGACGAUCAGCGGAUGGGACGCCUUCUCGGAGACUCGCCAUGCUCCCACCUCACCGCAAAGGUCAAAGGGGGCGGCGGCCUUCGUGUGUACAAGAGAAACCGAAUGAUUGUGACGAACCCGGUGGUGUCGCGCAAAGACCCGACUUUCAACACCACCACGUACGACUGGGCGCCGGCCGGACUCAACCAGAAACUGGCCAUGCAGUACAUGGAGCUGCUGCCUGAGAGCCAGCGUCCCGUCUCUGGGACGCCCGGAGCCCGGCAGCGCCGCAGGCAUCUCCUCAGCCAGCUCCCGGUCUACGAUCAGGACCCCAUGAAGUGUCAGAGUCUGGGCAGCGAGGACGAGGUUUCGGCCAUGAUUCUGUUCGUGAAACAGUUCAAACUGGAGGUUCUGGGAGUCGGGGAGGUCGGCUUACCUGGAGAGGCCGGCGCUCUGAAAGAAGCAGCUGCUCAGCGGACAGCAAAAGAGGUCAAAGAUCGCGGCGACAAGGCAGAGGCCGUGCAGCACCAGAAUCAGAGCGUGAGCCGCGGCGCCGCCUCCUCUGCUGUGAACGGAACCGACGACAAAACUGAAUAUCGGUGUACUGGUUGCCACAGAGACGUCUCGAAGGACAGUCCGGUUGUUUACGCAGAGCGCGCAGGUUACCAUGACGCCCUGUGGCACCCCACCUGCUUUGUGUGCUCAGAGUGCGGCCACGGCCUGGCGGACCUGGUCUACUUCUGGUCCAAUCAGAAGCUGCUCUGCGGACGGCAUUACUGCGAGUCGGUGUGGCCGCGCUGCUGCGGCUGCGACGAGCUCAUCUUCUGCAAGUCGUUCGUCACGGCGGAAGACGGACGGACGUGGCAUCCGCAACACUACUGCUGCUGGAAGUGCGGCCAGAGCCUGGAUUCGCCCUGUCAGCACUGACGAAACACAUCACAAGCAGAUGUGAUUAUUAUUACUGCAAAUCAAGUGCAACAUGGCUCUUUCUGUUUGUAGACAGUUUUAACAUGUAAAUCCUAAGUAAUAAAGAGCUGAAUUAUGUUUUUAGCUGA